GAGUCAGGGCUUUGAUAUUUGAAAUUACAUCCAACUAACAGUCAAAGUCAAACAAAACUACCAGUCUCAAUGAAAAAAUUAGCUAGUAGUAUAGUUGUUCCUUUGGUAUAGAAGUCUGUGUUACUUUCAACAUAAAAUUAAUCCCUUUCUCUUUGCAACUUCUACAACUUUUCUUUCUUUCAAUCUUGUGCCUUGUGGUAUGGCAAAGCCUGGGAAUAAGAUCAUUCAAGCCAAGCUGGUGGGUACUUCUUGGAGACAUGGGAACUGGGAAGACCAGUUUAGCAUUAAGAUUUGUUAAAGGACAAUUCUAUCCAAACCAGGAACCUCAAUUGAUAUUAAUCAAAAUACAGGAACCAACUGUGGGAGCUGCUUUUUUCACUCAAAUAUUAUCAUUAUCUGAAGCAACUGUGAAGUUUGACAUAUGGGACACAGCAGGACAGGAACGAUAUCAUAGUCUGGCUCCUAUGUACUACCGUGGUGCAGCAGCUGCAAUUGUUGUGUAUGACAUCUCAAGCAUAGAUACGUUUGUUCAAGCCAAAAAAUGGGUCCAGGAAUUACAAAGACACGGAAAUCAAAAGCUGGUGAUGGCACUGGCAGCAAACAAAUCUGACUUGGAGCCAAAGAGAGAGGUUGAAACUGAGGAAGGAGAGAAAUUUGCACAAGAGAAUGGAAUGUUUUACAUGGAAACAUCUGCUAAGACUGCAGAGAACAUCAAUGAGCUUUUCUAUGAAAUAGCAAAGAGAUUAGCAAGAGCUCUUCCACUAAAGCCCUCUGGAAUAAGUUUGAACAAUGAUAACCAAGAUAGAGGGAGAAAUUUUUUUUGUUGCUCAACAUGAUAUUCCCAUGUAAUCAAGUCACUGAAUAAAGAAUGGUACCGUGGUAUUCUUGGCUUCCUUCUUGUAAUAUUGAUUAUUGAAUUACUUCACUACCUCUUGUAGUUUACCUCUGAUCUGGAGUCAUGUUCUUUUUCUUUU